AUUGAUGAAUACAAGCGAUGAAAGAGCUGCAGCAAAUAGUAUUGGAACGGCCGACUGGGGAAAUAGUAAACUAAGCAGCUGGAAAAAUAUCAAUACAUAUUACGCACCUCAGAAAUAAGUCAAGGGUCCUAACUUUGUAUAGCGUGCCCAAGAUGUCUGACGAGGAAAUGGAAUUUAGUGAUGAUGAUUAUGAUGGGUACUAUGAUCAAGAAUAUGAUGGUGAUGUUGACCAUGUCGAUCCCCAGAAGAAUGAUCCCGAGUAUUUUGAUGUUGCUUGUCUCACUGACACAGAGGUUGAGAGGCUUCUUAAUGAAUCAGUAGAGCAACUCUCAAACAGUAUACAGGCAACUCCAUCUCUAGCAAAGUUGCUCCUUCACAUGUACAACUGGAAUCAAAUGGAGAUUGUUGCGGGUUAUCGCCAAGAUUGUCACAAGCUGCUCACCUCGGUACACAUUAAGCCAGUCACACCACCUCAACAGCUGACUGUCGGCCAGCAAGGAGAGGGCGAAAUCACUUGUCCUGUGUGUCUUGCUCCAAUGUCCCCAGAUUAUACCAGUCACCUCUCCUGUGGUCACACAUUCUGUAGGGAUUGCUGGAGCAUGCACUUUGAAGUUCAAAUUAUGCAGGGAAUGUCCACAGGUAUUGAGUGUAUGGGCAAUAGCUGUCAAGUUCUCGCUCCAGAAGACUUUGUAGUCCCAUUGCUAAAACGUCCACGACUGAAAGAAAAAUAUCAACAGUAUGCAUUUGCUGACUAUGUUAGAAGUCAUCCCCAGUUACGGUUCUGUCCGGGUCCCAACUGUAAUAUUGUUGUUCAAGCUAAAGAAUGCAGAGCAAAAAGAGUUAAUUGUACAGCUUGUAAAACUCAGUUUUGUUACAAAUGUGGUGGUGACUACCAUGCCCCAACAGAUUGUGAAACAAUCAAGCGUUGGCUAACCAAGUGUGCCGAUGACAGCGAGACGGCUAACUACAUCAGUGCACAUACCAAAGAUUGUCCAAAAUGCCACAUAUGUAUUGAAAAAAAUGGUGGCUGCAAUCACAUGCAAUGCUACAAUUGUAAGCAUGACUUUUGUUGGAUGUGUCUUGGCUGUUGGAAAACCCAUGGCUCGGAAUAUUAUGAAUGUUCUCGCUAUAAGGAAAACCCCAAUAUAGCUCAUGAAUCUGCCCAUGCGCAAGCCAGAGAAGCUCUCAAAAAGUAUCUUCACUACUAUGAGCGGUGGGAGAAUCAUAGCAAGUCUCUGAAACUGGAAGAAGAGACAUUAGCCAAGAUCCGUGAGAGGAUCCAAAAUAAGGUGAUGGCUGGCACUGGCACCUGGAUUGAUUGGCAGUAUCUCCUUGAUGCUGCAGCUCUCCUUGCACGCUGCCGCUACACUCUCCAAAACACUUAUCCCUUUGCAUAUUACCUCGAAUCUGGACCUAGAAAAGACUUGUUUGAGUAUCAGCAAGCACAACUGGAAGCAGAGAUUGAAAAUCUCUCUUGGAAAAUUGAGCGUGCAGAGAUGACUGACAGAGGUGAUUUGGAGAACCAAAUGGAUAUUGUAGAGAAGCGAAGAACCACCCUUUUGACGGACUUCCUGCAAGUAUGAUGGGGCCUAUGGAAGUAGCUAACCAGUCUGCCUGUCCUGGCUCCCAGUAACAGAAAUACACUUUCCAUACCAGAGAACGCACUCAGUGAGCGCAAAAUGCAAGUUAUAAUCAGUGUUAUUUUGCUCCAUACAUGGAAUAAUUGGGCAAGUGUUUUCUGUGACUUAAAUUAUCUGUAUCUCAUUAGACUUUAGUUUGGAGCUUUAGUGUGAUUGAAUAUUUGUGUUUGGUCUGGCUGGUGUUAAUAUUUGUUUUAGAACAUUAUUUGUCAAUAGGAUAUGAAUGCCAAAUACAAUCAGGUAUUUAGAGUACCUAUCCUUUUCUUGUUUAAUAAGUUUUUUAUUGACAUUAUUUUCAUCCUUGUCAUCCAAGUUCUUUGAAAGGUGCCGUUCCAGAAUUGGGGCCUUAUCGUUACAGUGCAGCUCCAGGAUGGUUAGUCACUUUGGGAGAGUUACACAUUUCAUCCAGGUUUUAUGGGCAGUUAUUUAUAAAUUGUUGUUAAGUAAGUACAGUAGUUAUGUAUCAUACCAUGCAGGUUGUGGACUUUUAUGCAACUGUAUCUGGAUCACUGUAUAUAUAUCUAUAUAUAUAUAAAUACAACUAUAGCCUGUGGUGUUAUAUAGUCAGCUUCAGCUGGCUAGUGGCUGUACAGUACAUUCAGUCCUUUGUCAAGAAGAACGACAAUUUUUUUAUGCAAGUUUAAUGGCAAGGCGAUGUAAAUCUUGCUUUAAACAGCAGUUAGGCCACCUAAUUUGCCAGUGGUGAUAUGUACUGCUUUAUAGCAGAUAAUUUAAAUGUUUAUUUUUAAACAUGACUUUACCUUGUAUCUAUCGUAACAAACACUAGCAUGAGUGUGUGUUUGUUAUCAGGAACAUAUUGGUGUUGUCUACCUUUAGGGUCAUGUAUGUAUCCCAAAUUGGUAGACAAACGUGCAUGUGCAAUGACUAGGCAAAUUUGUAUGCAUCAACUCGUCUAAUUUGAUUAUUUGCAGUUUUAUUACAAGAAAAUAGUUUGCAUCUUACUGGAGUGUGGUAAUAUAUCAAUGACAUGCAGUCAUCUUUGCCUUUUACUCAGUAGUUCAUUGUUGGCUUUUCGUGUAUGUGUCUUCUUUACUUGGUGAAUGAUAAUGGUUGCUGCUAACUGGCUUUGUGCAAGUGAUUUUUUGUUUACUUCAUUGGGUAUUAAGUUAUCAAAAACGUUUGUGCUCUUCAAGAAUUGGAAUUAUUGGGGAAUACAUGUAGAUUAAAAUUUGGCUUGAACAAUUAUAUAUGUACAGUAGAAUGGAAAAUCUUUAGUGUAUUAAGUGUUUUCCUUAAAUUUUUUUUUGCGUUUCAUAUAGUUGCCAAAGUUAAAAUAAGAGAAUAAAUGCUGUAUGUAAUGUAAUUAUGUGCAUUAUUUUUUCAUUCGAGCCAAAAUUUAACAUAUAACUUAUUCAUCAAUAUUAGAUAAUUAUAAAAAAAGAUUUGAUAAGAGCAAAUAUUUCAUCCUUUUUUUUACUUACAUAUCUGACUUUGCUGUAAGGUUUAAACUAACUUAUCAUCAAUACACAUUUCUAUUGGUGAUGAUUAAAUAAGUUCUUUCCAGAGUCAAUUGCAGGGCAUUUAAUUUUUUUACCACCAUUGUGAUAAUAAAAAGAGCAGGAGUU